AUGCGGAUUGCGGAGAGGAAAGCAUCGAGACGGCUGGAAAUGGUCAGUUGUCCCACGGCAAGAACGCGGCUGUUAACAGACCUUCCGGAAGAGACAAUAAUCGAAAUCUUGCUGAGGCUUCCGGCAAGGACGCUUGCUUCCCUAAGGAGCGUGUGCACUUCAUGGAGAAACCUAAUCUCCGCCCCCGACUUCACCUGCAACCACCUUCGUCGUUCAUGCUUAAUUGCUCCAAGUUUGACUACGCCACGAAUUGCUUAUUGCACUGGGGCCUACAGAAAUGGCCUUAGAUGCAGCAGAAUCGGACUUCUCUCCGUACGCUCAAUCUUGGAUGAUCCUUCCGAGCCUACUAAAAACGAUUGCUUCACGGAACAACACUACUACGGAAUCAUUGGUUCUUGCAAUGGAUUGUUAUGCUUGGCUGAUGGAGAUGCCUUCAAAUACAUGCAUGCCAUCUUGUGGAACCCCUGUACCGGAUUCACAUUCGAAUCUCCGGAAAUCAGCGGCGAAGUCCGCUUUUCUGGCUUUGGUUACGAUCAUCUCAGUGACAGUUACAAAAUUUAUGCAGUUACAAAGAAGCAAGGGCCAUCUGGUUUUGAGUUUAGUACCAGAAUUUAUACAUUUGGGCCAACUUCGACAUGGAGAAAAAUUGAUGAUACCCCAGUAGCCCUAUUUGGUUUCCCAAGUGACAACUCUAGUCGGGCUGUUAAAAAGGAAGGGGAAUUUUUUGGUAGUAGCAGAUUAUGCACUCUUAAUUGGUGUGUUAAUCAUGUGGUUAUUUAUUUUGACUUGGCUAAAGAGACUUAUGGUCAUUUUCCUCUGCCUCCUCGUAGUGAAAUAGGUUUUCCAAAGUGGUGCACUCACUUAUGUGUCUUGAGAAACUGCCUUUCUGUUUGUUACCUGGAUGGGAGAACACUCGAGUGGAUUGUGUGGCAAAUGAAAGAAUACGGAGAUGCUCAAUCUUGGACUAAAUUGGCAGUAAUUCCGGUCCCUGAAAAAAUCACUUAUCCAGGUCGUUAUUUUCAACCUCUUUACAUCUCGGAAAGUGAUGUUCUUUUGGUAUUUUGUCCAUCUUUCGGCAUUGUUUUGUGUAACUUAAAUGAUGGGAGCAUAGAUUUUUCUGAGAUUUACGGCUCCGGCGUGAGGAACAAACCUGUUUUUUCUGCAUGUGUCAAGUAUAGGAUAACUUGUAUCUACCAUGAAAGCUUAGUUUCACCAAAUGGUCUUCAAAGCAACUCAUCCAAAAUGCUGAUGCACUUCAUCAAAUCCAAACCCAAGCCUGUUGACUCUUAA